AUGUCACUUUUUGUCAUUUUCAAAUUUCCCGCCGUUCCGUCCCCCCCGUACGUUCCGAUGCUCGCAGGGGACGGAACCCAGAUGACAGAUUCCGGCGUCCGCUGGAUUACUUUGCUGGGGACAAUGCAGGAGGGACAUCGCGGGAGCGCAGGGGUAAGGUAAGUGAAGAACACUUGCCGGAGCAGUGCCUCAGGGUAAGCCCGAGUGUAGCUCGGGGUUACCGCUUUGGUACUGAAAUGUUACCCCGAGCUACACUCGGGAAUACCGCCAGGGAGGUUAAAUAUAAAAUGA